ACUUCCUCAAAGACAUGAAACUCAGGUUUCUCAUUCUUGGUGUGACUGCUCUAGCAUGCCUGCAGUUUCCUUUGGCAAAGAGUGAGGUCUGCAAUGGUAGAAGCAAAUGCUCGACGUGUCAAUGCUCUGCUCUAGAGAAAUGCGGAAAUCAAAUCUUUUCUGAGAACGAGCCAUCUCGAUUUCCUGAACAGCAGGUGUCUUCAUGCAUGAACUGUAAGUGGGUGUUAACUGUUGUUGGCAACAAGCGAGUCAGACUUACGUUCUCACAAUUUGUUCUUGGAUCUGGAGACAAAGUCCAUAUUUAUAAUGGUAAUUCGAAGAAGUCUCCACUCAUUGUUAGCUAUAGAGAAGGCGACAGUCCAACAGAUGUUGUGUCAUCCGGAAGUUCGAUGACGGUUAACGUUAUUACAGAUCGUUGUGGGCAGAAUCGUUUGAUAAACGCAUCUUUUGAAGCUAUUGAUUGUGGAAAUCUGUUCUAUAUAAAACCAGGAAGGAGAAAAUCAGAGCAGAUUCAGUCUCCUAACUUUCCACAAAAGUAUUCGAACAACUUGGACUGCAUAUGGUUGUUCGUCAGCAGUGGGAAUUCACUAUUAUCAGCACGUGUUAACAUCGAGGUUGUCGGUACUGCAGGAUCAGGAGACAAACUGAUCAUUCAGAAAUCUCUGGAAAUGUCUAGAUCGGACAGCCACGUGCAUGAGUACUAUGGAAAAACGAAGCGAAACAAAGCAUUAACAUUUAGAAACACACCUGGAUUUACAAUCAAAUUUGUUUCUGAUGGAGGAAACCGGGGAAAAGGGUUUUCACUGAAUGUUGUUGCUCUUGCACAAGGUCUUCAUUGUCCUGUCCCAAAAAGUUUUAGAAAUGGUUUUGUCAGUCUAAUAAAUUUUGGUAGAACUGCCAAAUAUGAUUGUUGUGAUGGAUAUAAACUCUACAGAAGUAAUAAGCGAUCUUGCUCUAACAGAAGAUGGACGCCAUCAAACACUCCUAUAUGCAAAUCUGUGAGUUUCUGCACUUUGCCGUCGAAUAUGGAAGUUUCCAAUGGAUCUACUAAUGUGGCAAUCGGAGAAGAAGUGAGUCUCUACUGUACACGAGGAUAUAAGCUUUCGAAUUCGCUCAAAUUAUUGCCAGCAUUGUGCGAUUGCAAUGGCAAGUGGAACAUAACUACUAACCCAUCACCAUGCAAAGACUAUUUCUGUACCUCUCCACCUCCUCCGCCUACUCCAGGAGGUGUGACAUCGUUUGAAGAUGACAAGAACAGAGUAACGUUUCCUGUCGGAUCAAGAGUGAAUUACACGUGUCCGGACGGGUAUGGCUUAGAUGGCAUUCCUUAUCGCGUUUGCACUGAAAAUCUCGAUUGGGAGCCACAUUCUAAAAUUCACAAUUGUCAAAAAAACUUUCAAGUUUGUCCGGAUCCUGGAGUACCAAAGAAUGGAACACGUAGAACAAUGUCGUUUGCUGAAGGACGUCUCGCUUCAUUUGGUUGUAAACCUGGGUUUACAUAUCAUGGAACCGACUUGCGUACUUGUACGGUUGAUGAGAAAAAUAACACGCUUUGGGAUGGCGAGGAAGGUUACUGUAAAAGCGACUUCAAGUCUCCGUUGGGUUUAGCAUUUCAACUGAAAGAAACGUUUACUGACCGUGUUGGGGCAUGUGUUAUCGACAAUUCUCCUUCCUCUUUAAAUGUCGAAACCCCAACUGCCUCCACUUCAAAUGUCGAAACCCCAACUGCCUCCACUUCAAAUGUUGAAACCCCAACUGCUUCCGCUUCAACUACUGAAAUACAUUUGCCCACCCAGGGUGACAAUAAACUUCCUACGUCACCAGAUUGCAGAGGUCGUACAGUGGUUGUUGGAGAAGGAUGCAUUGAUCUAAUAUAUAUAGUAGAUUGCUCAAAAAGCGUUGGCGAAGAAAACUUUCAUAACAGUCUCGACUUCGUGGGUCGCUCCGCAGCGCUGUUUAAUAUCAACAACGAUACUACUAAAAAUGAUACUGCGAGAGUAGCUCUCGUCACUUAUGACCACAAAGUGCAUCCCAUAUUUAAUCUGGGAGAAAAGGCAACUCUAGUUGAAACGAUUAACGCAAUAAACAAGACUAAGUUCUGUGGAGGUGCAACCGCAGUAAGGAAAGUAUUGGAAUUUGUUAGAGAAAAAGUAAUUCCAAUAAGUAGACCACAAUGUAAAAGAGCCAUAUUUCUGUUUUCUGACGGUGUAAACAAUUGGGCAGGAGACCCAAUAAAAGAAGCAAAAGAACUAAAAGAACAGAAAGGCGUAGAAAUUUACACUAUAGCCUUUGGAGUUGGGGAAGAUAUAAGAGUUGACUCGAAAGCACUUGAAACGCUUGCGUCCAAUCCAGAUUAUUAUUUUAAAGUGCAAGACGCAUCUGCAAUAAGAGAUGCAUUGAAAAAAGCAUUUACAACUAAAGUUGACUUUUGCAAAACUUGUGGAAGAGCUGUCGCUCCAAAAUGUAGAAACCAACUCCAUAACGUGUGUCUUUCGGAGACAGGUGCGUGGCCUUGGAUGGUCGCCAUUUACAGGAUUGAACGAGGCAAUCCCGUUUUUCACUGCGGAGGCGCGAUAAUUAGCGAAUGUAUGAUUUUGACUGCAGCUCACUGCCUCUUUCGUCAAAACAUUGAGGAACUCUUAGUUGUUGUCGGAGACACGCAGCGGUUUGUCAAAGAAUUUAGCGAGAAAACACACACAAUUGAACAAGUUUUCAUACAUCAGGAAUAUGAUCCAAUCUCUUUUAAUCGAGACAUCGCUCUGAUAAAGUUGACUUGCAAUGUCACAUGCUCUCCAUACGUACGAAAAAUUUGUUUGCCAACUUCACAGGACCUUAUCUACUACAUUCCUGAAAUCAUGUGUAUAGUAGCAGGAUGGGGAGCCACGGAAAGAAGAGAACUAGGCGGAAAUUCGAGCGCAAAAUCGACAGUCAUGAAAGAACUUCAUCUUCCUAUUGCAGACAAAACAGUUUGCAUAGAAAGCACUUCGCCUCAAUAUAAAGAAGAUGUCACAAAUUAUACAGUUUGCGCUGGAGACGGUACUGGCAACAAUGACGCUUGCGAUGGUGAUUCAGGAGGACCUCUCUUUUGUACACGCGAAACGCAGAAUGAAAUCGAAUUGGACGCUUACGUUGUCGUAGGAAUAGUCAGUUGGGGAGAAGGAUGUGGACAGCCCAGAAAAUACGGUAUAUUUGCACACAUGCUGAAUCUGAUGGAUUGGGUCAAAAGUGUGAUGGACAUAAACAAAUGUCCGUUGGCACCCGACGGCGCAGAAGAAGAAGACCUGUGCCCUCCACCUCCAAUUGAACUAUACUAAUUCUAGUGCAUCGUUUGCUAAACAACUGACAGUGGCAUUGGACGCUUUGCGAUUAGUUUAGAGUUGACGUAGAACGUGUCUGCAGUUUCGCUAUGUAGGUUUAUGUUUUGUGCAGCGGAUAGUGGUGCUUGAAAUUGUGUCAGAAAUGUUGCUCUGACGCUAAGAUAGUUUAGAAAUUAGCAGCUGUACAAUAAACGUGGCAAAGGUGUUCAGCAAUAACAGUGGUUCAGAUU